CGGACGGUGAAGUCCUCAAUGGAGCUCACUUUGAUCGAAGGAUAUAUGUUAGAUCACAGCUGGGAGAACAAUAACCAGAAAAGAAGGGCUUAUGGCGCAAUCGGCAGACAGUAAGACCAUAAGCAGGGGCACCAAGCCAGUUUGAUUCUUCGACUGAGGGAAAAUCUGUGCCCCUUCCCAAGAGCGCCGAGCCAAUCCGAGUUACUGUGAUUGAGUAGGAAGACUGGAGGGACUUCUUUUUUGCACCUCAAACAGGAGGGUAUUGCUUUUGCUUGUGGAGAGAGGUGUUAUGCUAAUUACUCUCGCAAGCUCUGCGUAUUGUAUUGAUUACGGAGGUGUUGUGAUUUGGAAAGCUCAUGGAGUGUGUUCGACUCCCUGCAUGAGCUGUAUGUUAUCUGUUGACGCUAACUUUUCUCACGCAAAUGGAUCUCAAUGCACUUCAAAAAGGAUCUAUUAGGACUGCACAUUCCAUACUUUGCAACAACCUCCGUUGUCUCCACAGGCUGUCAUUGUCGCUUAAAAGUUAUUGAACGGGGCGACAAAGAGAAUUGUGACAUCAAUUGCACACACAAACUUUCCACUCUUUCCACCGAGUUAUUAUUCAAUCUGCCGCAACACAUCAAAACACGCGCACUACCAUCUUCCCAAGCACAACAACAACAACAUGGACCAGCGCCGACGUCUUCGAGCAGCCUACCUGGGCAUGAUCCCGAGGUCGUGAGACAGGUCAGAGACGUCCUCUACAAGCAUGUCUUCGACCACGCCACCCGCCGCAAGCACUGGGUUGAGCGUCAAGCACAGGGUCGUGGUACUCCCGGUGACCUCGAGCCCCUGACAAAGCAGCAAAAGAGUCAGGAGAGGUAUCAGAAGUACCUUGAGGACAAGAAGUGGGUGGCCGAAAACACCAAUGGCAAUCCUGAGAGGACCAUUGACCCUGCUUUUACCGCUGAAGGAAUUGGAGUGGGAUCCGCCGAGUACGCUAGUCGCCUCCUUCUCGACCUUGAGGUCACCAAGGAGGGCGACCAGCGCAAGGCAGAAGAAGAUGUGGACAUGGAGUGA